AUGAGUAAUUGUAUUGAAAAGUUCACGGUUGAUCGUGAACGCAGCCCGAUACCAGAAGAGCGGCGAGUUGUGACAGCUUCUUGGAAAAGAUUAGGCGUCGUUAGCGGCCUUCGCCGGACAUCGACCCUACCGGUAGUCGGUACUUUCUUUCUCAGACUCCGUUGUGCGUGCGUUUCAAGAUGUUGCGGUCCCAGACAUCAAAUGUUUCCGUAUCGAACCAGAAAGGCGUCUGCUUCUCGGCGAAAACCUUGUCAGAUUACACAGAUUCCACGCAAACCCGUCAGAUACUGGGGCGUGGCGUUGUUCGAUGUCGGUUCUACCAUUGGUUCGUAUCUUUUAAACCAUUCACUGACGCCGAUAUGCUUUACAGUAGCACUCCAACAUAUUAUCGAUCGUUCCAUCAGGGGCAAGGUGUACCUCCUCAUGGGGUACCUCUCACUGUGCCCGAGAACAGACUCGUGGAAAACGUGAACUGCUUCCGCGUAAACUACCGUCAAUUCUAGCAAAUCAUGAAAAUUCAUAGGAAUCGCUUCCCGGGAUCGUGUUACGACCUCGUAGCUUUUCUACGAAGCGACGGAACUGAACGAACCAAAACCAACCGGACUGCCUUUCGACGGAUAGCUCACAAGGUUUCUGAGUGGCGCUAAAUAAAUUAUUCACGCGCUGCGCGUGCAUUUUCCGAUAAUGAUCGGCAGAUAAACUUGGAUCUAUGCCACACGUGCGAUUACAGUCAGCAUUGAAGAAAAAAGAUGUUCAAUAUCAAUAAUUUACUUGGUACAAUGUGCGCUGCAGUUUAUAUUCUUACUUCGUCGAUAAAACUUUAAGAAAAUGUAUACUUACUUUUAAUUGUCAA